AUGACUCGCCACGGAUCCUGCCUUUGCGUUCGACCUGGCCAACGACACCAAGGACGGCAUCGCCUGCUACUGCUACAACUGCCAGAAGACGGCCACGGAUGGGUCUCCCCAGACGACGUCAAGGUCACCAAGGGAACCCCCAAGGUCUACCAGGACAACUCCACCCGCAGCGGAAAGCCCAUGACCCGCUCGUUCUGCGGCGACUGCGGCACUCCUCUCUGGAGCGACCCCUCGGCCACCCCGGGCGUCCGCUACCUCAAGGUCGGCACCCUCGAGGACCCCCACAGCGUCGACCUCAAGAUGGAGCUCUUCGUUGACAAGGCCAUUCCCUCCACCGUUCACCCCCAGAAGGGCCAGACCCAGCUCGACUCGCAGAUGCAGCCCGUGAAGGCUAACUAA